AUUGGGUGACUCCCUUCUUUCCGAGCGCGGGUGUAAAGCACUCGGAGUAGCAAUGGCCGACGACGAGAUGGUCUUUCCGGGAGAAACGCUAGAAUCUCUCCUAGAAGCUUCGAAGACCCCGGAGGGCCGCUGGCGUCUCGCCUCCGGAACCCUAGACGCCAUCCUCCGCCUCCCUUCCUUCCCUCCUCACACCCUCCUCCAAUACCUCCGCCUCCUUAGAAACCUCUGCGCCGGCGAGGGCGCCAACCAGGACUCCUUCAUCGAAUCCGGCGGCCCCGACCGGAUCGCCGCUGUCCUCCUGGGGCCGCCGCCAGCCCCGCCGGAGAUCUUGCGGGCCGGGCUGCAGCUAUUGGGGAAUGUCGCCCUGGCCGGGGAGGCGCACCGGUCUGCCGUCUGGGCCCGGUUUUUCUGGUCCGGGUUUUUGGAGCUGGCUCGGGUCCGGGAGCCGGGUGUCUGCGAUCCUCUGUGCAUGGUCUUGGACACGUGCUGUUCCUCCGAUGGAGGGCGUCCGAGGUUGGAAGAGCUUUGCGGGGUCGAAAGGGGGCUGCCCAUCCUCCUGGAGAUCAUUCUGGUUUCUAUUACAGCUGGUCAUCAUGAAGAGUGGUUGGAGUGGCUACUCUCUAAAGUUUGCAUCGAGGAGCCAUAUUUUUCCCUUUUGUUUUCAAAAUUAGGCCGAUCAAAUGUGUCAUGUAACUCUAGUGAUGUUGGAUACCAAUAUAACAUAUUUACCCACGAGCAGGCAUUCCUUUUGGGUGUGCUUUCGAAAUGCUUGACUGAGAGACCUGAAGAUAUCGCUGUUUCUAACGAUUUUGCACUCAAUAUUCUGGAAGUCUUGAAGGCUGCUUCUACAAUAGUGGAUUUUACUUCCCGAGGUAGCUCUGCUCUUCCAACUGGUUCUCCUGCAAUUGAUGUACUAGGAUACUCACUUGCCAUUUUGAGGGAUAUAUGUGCUUGGGAGAAUCCUAUAUCACCAGCCACUGAGGCCCCCAUUGACUCAUUACUCUCAGCUUGCUUUCUGGAACUUCUUUUGAGUUAUCUACGUCAGCUUGAGCUCCCAUCAACAGUCAGAAAAUCUAUGGUUCAUGUAAAAGACCAAAUAAUACAACCAUCAAUAACUGAUUCUUCAAAGGUCUGCCCAUACAAAGGAUAUCGGAGAGAUGUUGUUUCUGUGAUUGGCAAUUGUCUACACCGAAGAAAGCAAUUUCAGGAUGAGACUAGACUGCUGAAUGGGAUUCCAUUGCUGUUGCAGCAGUGUGUUGUUGAUGAGGAUAAUCCAUUCUUGAGGGAAUGGGGAUUGCUGGCUGUAAGGAAUCUGCUGGAAGGAAAUGAGGAAAACCAAUGUGCGGUAGCUCAACUUGAGCUGCAAGAGCCUGUCAUCACACCUGAAAUUGCUGGAUUAGGUCUAAAAGUGGAGGUAGACAAGGAUAGUGGACGUGCAAAGCUGGUCAAUAUUUCAUAAUGUAUGCUGUUUUCUAACUUGAGUUUAUGAUGUACAUUAGCCUUUCAAAUUUAGAAUCUGGCAGAAAAAGUUAUCUUUUAGAUCAUGGUGCCAGUGCCUACAACUUAUGACCUUUCACUUUUCUGUUUUAAUGAAUAAUUAAGGAAAACUACUUCUU